GGUUGCGGAUGUGCCAGCACUGCAGACGCUGGGCGACGAUGAGGAGCCGGUGCCGCCCCGUGCUGCCCUCUACAUUGAAGUUGUCUGCGUAGCGCUGCUGUUCGUGGAGCUGGCAGCACGUCUGGUCGCCUGCCAAAACCAUGCACGCUUCUUCCUGGACCCAAUGAACAUACUGGACCUGGUGAUCACCGUGCCUUUCUUCGUCUUCCUUGCGCUGGAGGGCACGUCAGUACGUCCCACUGGGGCCGUCACGUGGCUUGGUAGGCUGUGCCGGCUGGUCCGCAUGCUGCGCGUUUUCAGGUUCGUCCGCGACACGGCAGCGGGUGCGACCCUCAAGCGCACCCUGGCGGCGGCGGCUCCGUUUCUCGGCGUCCUCUGCGCUGUGUGGGUUGCCGCCCUGGUGUUCUUCGCCUGCCUCGUCUUCUGGGUGGAGCCUGUCGACAACUACGGCAUACAGACCCUACAGCAAGCCAUGUGGUGGGCCAUCGUUACCAUGACGACUGUCGGCUAUGGUGACGUCAUACCGAUGACGACCGUCGGCAAGCUUUUCGGCAGCGUGUGCGCAUAUUUCGGCUGCGUGAUGAUGGCUCUCCCAACAGCGGUGAUUGUGAGCAAGUUCCACAGCUGUAGCGAAGAGGAGCGGUGAGCAAGGAGCAGGGCAAGUCGAAAAACCCACAGGCAAAAGCCAGUAUUGUAAUCAUCGUAAAACUCGCAUCGUACGACGGAAAGCUUGCAAAGAUAUACAUAAUGUGGACCACAACGGAAUCAAAUUUUUCGGAUCGCCGCAGUGAUACAGAAAAUUGUGCCUUAUAAUUUAGAAAUCGUCUUAAGUGCUGAGGGUUAACACGCACUCGGGUUCCCGAAGGCUUUUCCAGAAUGGUUUUCGAAAGCCAAAUUUGUCAUAGAUGUAGACAAUUGAAUAGCGGAUUGUUUGGCAUCAAUAAUUUAGA